AUGACGUACACUACCCUAAUCUUCCUCACCCGCAAACACAACAUCACCUCGGAGCAAUUCAGAGACUACUACGAGGGCACCCACAUUCCCCUCGUGCACUCGCUGCUCGCCCACUGCUGGCCCGUCACCUUCAAACGGCGCUACAUAGCCCGCACACUGCGCAAAGGCUUCGGCACCCCAGCCAACCCGGACCGCCCGCCACUGACGCUCAGGGGCGAGGCCGGCGACAUGGACUACGACUGCAUCACCGAGACGACGUUUGAAAGCGAGGCCCACUUUCUCAACUUCUACCGCAGCGUCUAUGCAAAGGAGGUGGCCGAGAUCCUGACAAACGACGAGGCCAAUUUCCUCGAGAGCGGCAAAACCAAAAUCAUCGUCGUGGGCGAAACUUGGACUACCGAUCAAUCGGGAAUGACGGCGAGGGCUGUGGCCUGCGGCCUCAUGAGUGUGCCGCCUGGUGGCGACGACGCCUCGAGCUGA